AGUCAGCUGUGAGUUUUUAGCAUUCACUGAUACCUUCUCACGCUAUCCUCACCAGCAGCAUUGUUGGGAGGAGGAACUUCUGGAUGACUCAGAUUUACAGAUCUGUCAACACAGAGCGCCAACAUGUUGCACCAAAAAAAUGGAAGAGAGCUACCAGGCAGCGGUUCGGAGGGAGAGGGCGCAGAGUAUCCAGGCGCUGAACUUCGAGCUGAAGUACAUGAUUGUUGGUCAUAUCACAGCUUUUCAAGAGGCCUUUGAGGCUUUGCUUCGCUUCGCUGAGAACCGCACGAGUUCCCUGUUUGAGACGGCUUACAGACCGAUGGCAAAAGAAGCAGCAGAGCCGGUUAAAGAACUUUUUACAGACCUCUCCCUCUACAUUCUGGGUGCAGAGACGACCGUGGAGAGCGCCGUAUUACGGUUCUUCGACAGCCUCUUUCCUCUGGUAUACAGUCGGCUCAUAAACCCAGGAAUUACAGAUUUGUCAGAGGACUACACAGAGUGUCUGCGGCUUACCAGGCAGGACAUAAAUCCUUUUGGGCGCUAUUCUAAAAACAUGGUAACGGAGCUGUCGAAAUCUCUGUGGGCCAGCAGGAUGCUAAGCCAGGCCCUCAGCAUGGGCAUCGAAGUGAUAAAUACUACUGAACAUGCCGCUCUGACGAAGGAGUGCAGCAAAGCGCUGGUGAAGAUGCAGUACUGCCCGCACUGCCAGGGCCUGACGCUGAUCAGACCCUGCGCGGGAUAUUGCCUGAAUGUAAUGAGGGGCUGUUUGGCCAGCGUGUCGGAGCUGGAUGCGCAAUGGAGGGAGUAUAUCUCCACCCUGGAAUAUCUGGCUAAUGAAAUGGCCGCGUCGCAUGAUCUGGAAAUCGCGCUGACGGGAAUCCGGAAUUCGGUGAACGAAGCCAUCCUGCACGCGCAGCUGAACGGGCCGCAGCUCUCUGCUACGGUUGAUAAAGUGUGUGGACAGCCCAAACAACAAGAAGGGAACCUGUUGUCAGACAAUAUAGCGCCGGUGAAAGAAGCGACUGAGACCCAGACGCUCGUGAUGGCUCACGCUAGCCUGAACAAUAAGAGAAGUUCUCUGCCUCUGAAAGCUUCAAAGAAUGACAAAUCAAGAAGUUUGAAAAAAAUCUCUCGAGACUUCAUCAACUACAUGAAGCGAUCCCGAACCUUUUAUGCCUCUAUAGCAGAAAGGCUGUGUGAUGGAGACCUGGUGAUGAGAGACAGCUCAACUUGCUGGAAUGGAGAGGAUGUCGUAGAAAGUUAUACCAACAGAGUUGUUUCCAAUGGACUGAAGGCACAAAUUAAUAAUCCAGAAUUGAAAGUCAGAGGAUUAGACCCUCUCAUCAGUAAUUUAAUCGAUAAACUUCAGCACUUUAAUCAACUGGAUGCUGAGAAGGCAAAAUUAAAACUGGAAAGUUGGGCUCCCCGAGAUGCUGGCAGUGGGGGUGGAAGAAGUGAAGAGGCAGAGUCAAGCGGAGAUUGUGAUGAUGAGGAUGGCUGUCAAGGAUCUGGUGACAGGAUUCACUCAGCAGAUGUACUCAAGGACAAGAAAAGCCAUCCAGAAAGCAGGAACGAACCAAAACCAACUGUGAAAAAGAUUGACACCACAACCACCACAAGCACUGUCAAGUCAUCCUCUAAACACACUGUAACUGGAAAGGGGAGCAGUCCAGCCCUGAGUUCCUCACUUUGCGUUUUAACAGCACUAGCAGUCCUGUGGCGUUGUCCGCUGUAGCUGCAUUGCGCUGCGGCCCCCGUGCAAACAUUUCUGUUCACUGUCAUUUAUACCUGCAGCCUUACCCAACAGAAAGCAAAGUUAACGGCUCUCUAGCUUAUGUGAUAUGUUAGAAUAAAAUAUUAAACGGCAUGCUGGGAUUGGCAGAUAGGAAGCAUCAUCGCUUGCAAAGUCUGAAGACAGGCUUUGACAAAGCCCGCCUAAGAUACAAAGGGAAUGAUGACAAAGGUCUGAGUUGCUUAAGUUAUUGGGUAGAAAUAAUUGAGAACACAGAAAUUGUAAAUGCGUGUGUUAUCAUUUUUCUCAGUUUUGUUCACUGGAUGAUCUGACUGGCUGAUUUUGGGGUUUUUUUAUUUUUAUUUUUUCUGAUUAAAUGAGUGGUUAGUCUUCAAAUUCAAGCCCAUACACACGUUAUUUCUCUAGUGAACAGCUAAUAACCUAUAUCUGCAGUAAUGAACCAUGUUUACUCUGUACCAGCUUGAUGAAAUUCCUAAGUGGUCGAGAAGAUCAGAGCGUGUUUGAAGCUUCUUUUCACUCUCACUGUUUAGGUUGUAGAAAGCACCAUAAAACCAUACGGUGUGUCUAAUAUAUCAGUAUAGUUGCCUUAACCAUGGAAAAAAUUAGAAAUACUUGGUUUACUGAGGGACAUAGCGAGUGAGUUUCCCUGCCCCCAAAAAUGCCAUUACCAUAUGCUUAAGCAUAUGCUCGAGGUUUAUUGUAUGAAUGUCCAGCAGUGGGAAACAUAAACAUAAUAAUGUUUUAUCCAGUUGAACGCGGUUCUGCAUGGAGAAAAAAAAAAUGUUCAAACUUACUUACGUUGCCUAUCUGAUGUUAAAGAGAAGCUAACUUCAAUUUUCCACAUAGGUCUCAGAGAUGUAAGUUCCUGGGAAUUCCUGUUGAACACAAAUUAGACUGUGUGCAUUGUGCAUCUCUGAAUUGAAUCUGUUUCAGAAACCGUGUAUUAUUUAAUUACAAUUAAUGUUUAACAUUUUGUAUCAUGAUAGGUAUAAAUGUAAAACAAUCUGAAAUCUAGAACAUUCUCUGUUAUGUCUCAUCUUGACUUCUAUCCUAGAAAAUAUCAAAAUGUGCAUUUUAUUACAAGGCUUUUUUUUAGAUCAGUGCUACAUUGAUGCAUUUUAACUUUUUGGAUGAAAAAGUACUAUGAUAACUUCUAAUGGGUUAAGACCUAAUGUGUGUUUUCCAACAACUAUGUUUACAGUGCCAUUGAAUAUAUAUAUAUAUAUACACAAACACAACUGUAUGAAUACAGUGAUUAAUAUGAUAAAUAUGAGAAACAUUAGAAUUGUUAUAUUUACUACAUUUCAUAACUAUUACAACAGUUUAAUGGCCA